AACGAAUCGUGCUGCACAGUUUGGUACCUCUUGAGGACCCGUAGUAUCCACGGCGGGAUUCAAGUCAAAUAGGGAACCUAAAGUGUCAAGAAAUUGUUUUAUUUACGAAAACACUUACAAAGAGAGAGCGACAUUUGACCUAGCGGAAGUAAUGUAAAAGUAUCACAGAAAAAGAACGUACCGUUGUUAGCAAAACGAUGUUGGCAUCGUUGUAGUUAGCCUGAGUUAGCCCGCUAACAGUGCUAACAUAGCAGUAGCGUUAGCAGUUUGCGGCUCUAAAAAACUGCUCUAACCUCUUAUUGUAGAGUUCUGGGUCCAAAGAUGUGCUCUCUGGCCUUGUUCCCCCCUCCGCUUCCCUCCGGACACGCGACUUUGUGUGAGUCCAACAACGAGCUGCUAUCGGGGAGCACCCCGGAGGAGCGACUGGAACAGGAGUCGAGUCCUCUGAGUUUGUACUUUCCCAGAGAGUCCCUGAAGUUGCACAGUCGCACUGAGAACAGCAGCAAGGCGGCCUUCCUGGAUCACUCGGAGACAUUAUGGAUGAGGAGCGCAGCAGCUUGGCGUGAUGGUGGUUUCACGGGACUACUGAAUGAAAUAACAAACUCCCAUGAAGAAGUACCUAAAUGGUUGUCAGUGAGUUCCGGCUGCAUUCUGGCAUUAUUGCAGAAGAUCUCUUCCUUUCAUGGAUCUUUGUUUCCUCAUCUCACGUUGAGCAACGAGAACAUGAUUGCAGAGUUUUCACAAGCAUUAAACUGGUUGGACUGUGUGGUGCGAGCCUUCGCCUGGCAUCCCCAUGCUGAUAAAUUUGCCGUUGCCCUGCUGGACGACUCCAUUAAGAUCUACAAUCCCAAAAGUGCUACAACUCCCACCCUGAAGCACCGUCUUCAGCGGAGCGUAGCAGCGUUGCAGUGGAAGCCGUUGUGUGCGUCUGGCCUUGCAGUGGCUUGCCAGAACUGUUUGCUGGUCUGGAACGUGGACCCGUGCUCACUAUCCACCAGGCCUUCAUCUGGAUGCGCACAAGUUUUGUCUCAUCCCGGGCACUCUCCAGUCACUUCCAUCGCUUGGUCGCCAAGUGGCUCUCUCCUUGUGUCUGCCUCGCCUAUGGACACAGCAAUGAUGGUGUGGGAUGUUGCAGCAGAGAGCUGUGUGCCCCUCCAGCGUGUUGGAGGGGGUGGGGUGAGCUUCCUCUCUUGGUCCACUGACGGCAGCCGUCUUCUUGCCUCGACACCAUCUGCUGUCUUCAGGGUCUGGGAGACCAGAAUGUGGACGUGUGAACGUUGGCCGUGUUUAAAAGGCCGUUGUCAGUCUGGUUGUUGGAGUCCAGAUGGGAGUCGACUUCUCUUCACUGUACAAGGAGAAACUGUCAUCUACGCCUUGACCUUCACUGACACACCAGGUGUACCCACGUGCACAUCCAAAGGGGGGCCGCAAGCAGCAGCAGUGGUGGCUGACCUAUCAGAGACGACCUUUAACACACCAGAGGGAGACAUCAUUGUUGGUGGGGAGAUCCAGUCCCUGACCUGGGACCCGAGAGGAGAGAGACUUGCUGUGCUUCUCAAAGGUGAUCCACAAGCAGCCCGACCUGCGAUCAUUGCUGUGUUUAAGACCAGAACAAAGCCUAUUUUUGAACUUUUGCCAUGUGGUUUUGUUCAAGGAGAUCCUGGUGCAGAACCAAGACUGAUGCAGUUCCACCCAAACUUUCAGAACGGGGCUCUUCUCACUGUGUGUUGGUCCACUGGAAGAAUCACACACGUGCCUUUCUACUUCCUGAGUGGUCACCUUCGCCAACUUGGGCUCAACGGCAGUCCAUCACUACCACGCCCUGAGGAACGACCGACUGACCAUGUCAAUCAGUCGCUCUUUACAGAGCUCAUGUCAUGACUCAUUAAUCACGUGAUAUCGCCAAUUUUUCUCAUGUUUGUCAAUAAAAUGUAUUGA